AUGAAAAGUGCUGAAGAGCCGAUCGCCGCAACCGUUACAUCCAUAGCGAAGCAAACCAUUGGAACCAUUGGUGGCAGAGAUUGUCUUCACCACAAAAUGCUGCAACACUUACGCAAAGUGAAGACACUUCGGGUGCUCUUCAGCCUCUCGUUCUUCAUUUCGGGAAUUAUUAUAAAUUUGAUUCAAUUCUCGCUGUAUUUGACGAUCAGAUGCUAUGACCGCAAACUCUACCGACGGAUCAACUAUUAUCUCAUUUACACACUCGAGUCGCAGAUCGUCGCCAUAACCGAGUGGUGGUCGGAGUCGAGGGUUCGCAUGUUCUUCGCCGAUGAGGACAGUCGUCGUUCUCACGGCAAGAAUCACACGCUGUAUGUAAUGAACCACAGAUACGAAUUGGAUUGGCUCUACGCUUGGAUGGUGUUAGACAAGUACAACGCUCUCGGGAAUGCGAAGUCAUUCGCGAAGAAGUCGUUGCGAUGGCUGCCGAUUGUGGGCUGGGGUUGGGUUUUGGAUGAGUUUAUAUUCCUCGACAGAGACUGGAAGAAGGAUUCGGUGAAUCUGCCGAAAGCGUUGGAUCAGUUGAUGGCAUACGAGUCGCCGAUCGCUUUGCUUCUGUUCUCAGAGGGAACUCGUUUCACACAAUCCAAGUACGAGAACAGUAUUGAAUUCGCCAAACAAAGAGGUUUACCGCAACUGAAGUACCAUUUGUUGCCCCGAACUAAAGGAUUCGCGUUUACUAUCCGUCACAUCAAAGAGAAUUACAACGCCAAACAUUUGCCAUCUUUCACAUCCAUAUUGAGAGGAAAGCCAUUGUAUGGAGACUUCUAUUUGCGUAAAAUACCUGUCAGUGAAGUGCCCACUGAUUCAGAAGAAGAGAUCUCAACUUUUCUCUACGAUUUGUAUAAGAAAAAGGACAAUCUCAUGGAAUACCACGAAAAGAACGGGAAAUUUCCGGGAAUUCUAGUCGAAACGCCGAGAAGAAUAGCGCCACUCAUUAAUUGGAUGGUUUGGUUUGUCUUCGUUGUGAUCUCUUUGGCAUAUAUUUUGUUUAAUGUCUUCGCGUCUGGAAAUCUAUAUCUAAUCAUAAUAACGACACUUAUCUUUGCAUUCGCUUUGGGAUCCGUUUAUGUGAUGAUCGGUUCGACCAAAAUUAAAAAGGGCUCCAAAUAUGGCAAUCAAAAUGACAGUCCAAAUAAAGCCGAAACUCAGUUGAAUGCUAACAAUAACUCGAGUUUACGGAAGCGUUUGAAUGCCGAAGAAGAUAAUUAGGACUUAGAAUUGAAUGAAAAUAAUUGUUAUAUAAUAUGAAUGUUUUAUAAAUACAGAUUUAUAUACAUAUAUGAAUUUAUCCCUUAAUUUAGUCCUAAAUCCGAUCCAAAGGUCUUAUUCUUGUUUUUUGAUAUUCACAUAACAAGUAAUUUAUUUUAUAUUUUGAUUGCAAAACAUGUUUUAGUGACUCUUCUAUUGAAGAAAAUCGUUAUUGAGUUUUUGAAACUCAACUUUAUUUACAAUUUAUUUUAUUUUUUAAAUAAAUAACUCUUACAUAACUAAAAAAGGCAGAAAGUGUUGUAAAUAUUAGGCAAUUAUUAAAAACUGUUUGUCUUUCGCACCGACGCUAUGGUUAAAGUCCUAAAUGGGAAGAAUUUCAGACAAAUUGUAACAUUUUCUGUCAUUUGUUAUAUUUUCUGUUUAUUAAAUACUCAUUAAAGUAUAUGUUUUUAAAAUA